AUGCCGCCAUGGCCGCCGUGCCUCCAGCCCACCCUCACCACCGCUCGCCGGGCCACCGCCUUCUCCAGGACGACCUGUCUCUCUUCUAUCCCCGCCUCUCCGACCUCGACCUACGAGCAGGGGCAACACGAGGAGGAGCCGUCGUUGGUCGUGGUGGGAGGCGGCGCGGCGGGCGUAUACGCCUCCAUAAGGGCUAAGACACUUGCUCCGCACCUCAACGUCACGGUGGUCGAGAAAGGGAGGUUCUUGUCCAAGGUCAAGAUCUCCGGCGGUGGCCGCUGCAACGUAACCAAUGGUCAUCAUCUUGAGCCCGCGGGCUUGGCGAGAAAUUACCCUAGGGGGAACAAGGAGCUCCGAGGAUCCUUCUUCACCGCUCACGGUCCGCAGGAUACCAUGCGCUGGUUCACAGAUCACGGUGUCGAGCUUAAGACGGAGGACGAUGGCAGAGUCUUCCCUGUCACUGACAAUUCAGCUUCAGUUGUAGACUGUCUACUGAACGAAGCAAGAAGGCUUGGGGUUUCUCUGCAGGCCGGCAAAGCUGUGUCUAGUGCAUCUGUUGCUCAAGAUGGAAAGUUUGUUCUCAAGGUUGAGAAGCGUACCUCUGAUUUUGUUGAUUAUAUCAAUGCUAACUAUGUCUUGGUUGCUACAGGUAGCAGCCAACAGGGUUAUUCAAUUGCUGCACAGCUCGGCCAUUCCAUUAUUGCACCAGUGCCCAGCUUGUUCACAUUUAAAAUCGCAGACAAGCGGCUGGCUGAUCUCGCCGGGGUUACAUUUCCAAUAGUCAAAGCAAAACUGAAGCUGGAUGGUGUUAAAAAAAGUGUUCCCGAAUUAACUCAGACUGGGCCUAUGUUAGUUACACACUGGGGGCUUAGUGGGCCUGUUGUGCUGCGGUUGUCGGCAUGGGGAGCACGUGAACUACAUCAGUGCAACUACCAAGGAAAGCUUAUGGUUGACUUUGUACCUGAUAUUCAUAUCGAGGACGUGAAGCGCAUCCUAUUCCAGUACAAAGAUCAGCAUGCGAAGCACAAAGUGAAUAACACGUUCCCCACGGAGUUUGGCCUGGUGAAGAGAUUUUGGAGAUUCCUACUAGAACAGGAGAGUUUAAAUGAUGAUACACACUGGGCCUCCAUGCCAAAUAAUCAUCUAAACGCAAUAGCCCUUCGGUUGAAACAAUGGAUGUUUGAGGUUGUCGGAAAGGGCCAAUUUAAAGAUGAAUUUGUGACUGCAGGAGGUGUUCCAAUUUCAGAGAUAUCACUUGGCACUAUGGAAAGCAAGAAACAGCCAAAUCUGUUCUUUGCAGGAGAGGUUCUUAAUGUUGAUGGGGUCACAGGCGGAUUCAAUUUUCAGAUCAAUAGGUUCACCACAAACUUUGGCAAUGGAAACUUGAUUGAGUAUUUCAUAUUUAAAGUGAGAAGAAAAAGGGAUACCAACAAAUAUGCAAUCAAGAUAAGGAUAUUCCAAGAUGACUAG